CCGCAGCUCGCACUCCCAUCUUCUCCCCAACUCUCCAUCACACGCGAACAGUCACCAUGGUCAAGCGGAGCAAACUUCUUCAGGCUCUUGAUGAGCACCGUGGCCGGGACUAUGAGGCCGAGAAGCAGAAGAAGUUGGUCAAGGCUGCGCGGAAGCGCAAGGGUGAUGUGAAGCCGGUUGAGGAGAAGAAGGAGGAAGAGAAGGAAGAGAAUGAAGAGAAGGAAGAGAAGGAAGAGAAGGAAGAGAAGGAAGAGUCUGAGGAGGAGGAGGAAGAAGAAGAGACCCCCGACAGCGACGCCGAAGAAGCCCAGGAAGAGGAGGAAGACGAGGAGGAGGAAGAAGAAGAUAUCCCGCUCUCCGACCUCUCCGAUGAUGAACGCGAAGACGUCGUCACUCACCAACGCCUCACAAUCAACAACUCGGCCGCCAUCACAUCCUCCCUGAAGCGCAUCUCAUUCCUGUCCUCCGCCACACCCUUCUCGGAGCACAACAGUCUCGUCAGCCAGGAGCCGAUCGAGGUGACCGACCCGAACGAUGAUCUCAACCGCGAAUUGGCUUUCUACAAGGUGUGCCAGGCGGCGGCUACGACGGCGCGCGGACUACUCAAGAAGGAGGGCGUUAUGUUCACACGACCGGGCGAUUACUUUGCCGAGAUGGUGAAGACGGAUGAGCACAUGGGCAAGAUCAAGAAGAAGCUGUACGAUGAGGCCGCGGCCAAGAAGGCGGCUGCAGAUGCCAGGAAGCAACGCGAUCUGAAGAAGUUCGGAAAACAGGUCCAGGUGGCCAAGUUGCAGCAGAGGGCUAAGGAGAAGCGGGAGACGUUGGACAAGAUUAAUGCGUUGAAGAAGAAGCGCAAGUCUGAUACCUCCGGUCCCACCGAGGACAAGGACAACCUGUUCGAUGUCGCCAUCGAGGACGCCGCCGCCCAGCCCAGCCGCAAGCGCGGCCGCGACAGCGAAAACGGUCCCUCCAUGAAGCGCCAGAAGAAGAACGAGCGGUUCGGUUUCGGUGGCAAGAAGCGUUUCUCCAAGAGCGGUGACGCCGCCUCGAGUGGUGACAUGCGCGACUUCUCCGUCAAGAAGAUGAAGGGUGGUGCCAAGGGAGGUGCGAAGAGGCCCGGGAAGAGCAGGAGAGCUGCUGCCAAGGGCCGCGCCUGAUGUUUCAUGGUUUAUUGUUAGCUGCUCGGUACGGUUUGGUUGGGUCAUAAAAGCAUAGACAGUUAUUUGUAUAUUGAUAAUCAUGGAUGGUGACUGUCUAUCUGUAGUGGUAUCGUGGUAUCACAUCAUGCC